GAUGAGGAAGAGAAGCGAUGAGAUAAGCAAGAGAGAUAAUGAGGUGAGCAAGAGAAGCGAUGAGAUAAGCAAGAGAGAUAAUGAGAUGAGCAAGAGAAGCGAUGAAAUAAGCAAGAGAGAUAAUGAGAUAAGCAAGAGAGAUAAUGAGAUGAGCAAGAGAAGCGAUGAAAUAAGCAAGAGAGAUAAUGAGAUGAGCAAGAGAAGCGAUGAAAUAAGCAAGAGAGAUAAUGAGAUGAGCAAGAGAAGCGAUGAAAUAAGCAAGAGAGAUAAUGAGAUGAGCAAGAGAAGCGAUGAAAUAAGCAAGAGAGAUAAUGAGAUGAGCAAGAGAAGCGAUGAAAUAAGCAAGAGAGAUAAUGAGAUGAGCAAGAGAAGCGAUGAAAUAAGCAAGAGAGAUAAUGAGAUAAGCAAGAGAGAUAAUGAGAUGAGCAAGAGAGAUAAUGAGAUAAGCAAGAGAGAUAAUGAGAUGAGCAAGAGAGAUAAUGAGAUGAGCAAGAGAGAUAAUGAGAUGAGCAAGAGAGAUAAUGAGAUGAGCAAGAGAGAUAAUGAGAUGAGCAAGAGAGAUAAUGAGAUAAGCAAGAGAGAUAAUGAGAUAAGCAAGAGAGAUAAUGAGAUGAGCAAGAGAGAUAAUGAGAUGAGCAAGAGAGAUAAUGAGAUAAGCAAGAGAGAUAAUGAGAUGAGCAAGAGAGAUAAUGAGAUGAGCAAGAGAGAUAAUGAGAUGAGCAAGAGAGAUAAUGAGAUGAGCAAGAGAGAUAAUGAGAUGAGCAAGAGAGAUAAUGAGAUGAGCAAGAGAAGCGAUGAAAUAAGCAAGAGAGAUAAUGAGAUGAGCAAGAGAGAUAAUGAGAUAAGCAAGAGAGAUAAUGAGAUAAGCAAGAGAGAUAAUGAGAUGAGCAAGAGAGAUAAUGAGAUGAGCAAGAGAGAUAAUGAGAUGAGCAAGAGAGAUAAUGAGAUGAGCAAGAGAGAUAAUGAGAUAAGCAAGAGAGAUAAUGAGAUAAGCAAGAGAGAUAAUGAGAUGAGCAAGAGAGAUAAUGAGAUAAGCAAGAGAGAUAAUGAGAUGAGCAAGAGAGAUAAUGAGAUGAGCAAGAGAAGCAAUGCUUAACUUCCCUUGCUUCUGAAAGAGUUCUCAACAAUCAGGCCUACUUAUGUUUUCAAAGUGUUGUUUUUUUUUUAAAGACAUUUCAUUCUUUAUGAAGCAGGUGACUUUUUAUAAGAGGUUCCACUUCAUAACUACUUAAUAGUUUUUUUAGAAAAUAAAAUUUUAUUAACCAGCCCUACCCCCCGAAAGAAAUUCCUGGUUACGCCCUUGUAUAGGCCUAAAUCUACUCAGAGUAUAUAAAAUUGUAGAUUGGCAAUAAAGAUCCAGACUUAUAAACAUUUUUUUAAAAUCGUAUACUGAAUGCCACUAGAGACGGUGAGCACAAUGUUCCUGAACAUCUAUUUGUCUAAACUCUUUAGUGAAUAGAAGCGGGAAUUUCAACUGACGUUCAAGGUAUAUCGUCUAGAUCUCCAGACGGAAGGCCAAAUUAAAUUUUAAGAUGAUUAUAGUUUGAAAAUUAUAACGGUCAAACCAGAGUUUUCCCUGCGUGGCCCAUUAGCUAGUUGUUUUGUGUGUUGUUGUUUUUUUUCAAAGAUAUACAUAAACUGUCAGAUUUCUAGAAAAAUCGUUAGAGCCGUUUUAUAGAUUUUGCCCAUGAAAAAUUUGCAAAGCUGAAUAGAGUAAUUGUUAUAAAAAAAUGAACAUAGGUUGAGGAUUAAGACAUAUUAUAUAAAUGCUUAUAAUACUAUCAUUAUUGUUAUAUAGCUUUUUUAAAAACAUUUUGAUUUCCUUUUUUGUUUUUACAUUAUAUCCCUACUCUUGUUACCAGCGGUCUGGGUUAUAGUAUACCAGGUCUAUUUCGUAUGCCAUUGUUUACUAGGUCUCUAAGUUAACGUAUGCUAGGUAUGUAGUCUGUUAAUGUGUUAGAUCUACAUGCUGUUGUAACCAAGGUUUGUUAUGAUAAAUUAGGUCUACAUGCUAUUGUAAUGAUUAUAUACUAGGUCUGUUAGUGUAUAUUACGUCUAGUACGCCUACAUAGGCCUAUUAUAGUAUACUAGGUUUGUUGUAUGUCUUGGGUGGUUGAGAAAAUGUCCUUAAUGCGGUGCACGGUAGUCCUAAUUCGCGAUGACAAGAGCUAUUUUAAAUGACUGAAUGUCAUCCUGAUGUUAUGUUCUUUUGUUAGUUGUUGUAGGCGGCACUUAACCAAGUUGUCAAUAAGGUCUCUACGUGUUUCUCUAUUCGACCCACUCGAAGGGAGACGCCGCUGUUUCUUUACGUGUUAUUUAAGUCCGCGUUACGACUUAGGAAACAUGUAUCAGCAUUUAUUUAUUUAUUUAUUCUAGACAUGUGUGAUAAAAAUGUCUUAAUGUUUUGUAUGGACUUGAUAAACAAAAGAAUGUAUGUUUGCUUUAAGUAUACAAGAAACAUUGGCACUAUUUUUUUAAAGUAGGUGAUAUAUAUAUAUAUAAAUAGAUGUAUGGAAUUUAGAAAAUCCUGUUCAAGUUAUUUUGUUUGCAGUUGUAACUUAAACCAAGUUAGAUGCCAAUAUAAAAACACUGACAUGAAUUUUAACAGGUUAAAA